AUGGGUUGUGGGUCAAGCACAGAACAAAAUCCAGCCACUUUAAAUAAACCAACUAUAAACCCCUCUCUCACUCCUGUAGAAAAACCCAAAAUAUCGCUCUCAGUCGAAACUCAAAAAUGUCAAAGCUUCUUUCCAGCCAAAAUUCCAGCGCAAAAUAUAUCUACAGAAUCUCAAACAGAAAGGGAAAGCUUUAUUAGUGCUCAAGAAACCCAAACAGAAGUAAUAGAAUACGAUGAUAAACAAACUGGCACCUUGGAAAUAGCAAGUGAAGGUUUAGAAUGAAAUGAGACGGAAACUCAAACGGAAAAUGAAAACCCAGAUGAAGAUUUAGGGAACGAAAUUAAAAAAAUAUGCAUAAAUUUCAACAUUGUUAAUGAAGAUUCAAAAAAUGAUGAAAUCAUUGGAGUAAUUGAAACAAUUAUACAGCAGUGGAAAGAAAUGGGAAAUGUGCAUCAGCAUUUGCAUACGAGGACAGAGCCUAACUUAAUGGAUUCUAUAAUGCUUAAGCGAGAUUGGGGGAUAAAUUUGUAGCGCAUCGCUGGAGAUUAUUUCAGCCCCUAUCUGUGAUACUUAGGCUUCAGGCCUUAGUUCUUGUUGAUAUCACCAAAAAAAUGGUGAUAUCAGCAAUCUCUCGGGCAGACUCACCUGGCCUAGCUGGGUCUAGCCCUGCAAUAGAGGACUAUCUUGGCCCUGGUAGUGCUAAGGGUAUGAGGGAACUGCCAUUUCUCCUUCUGGACGAGCUCACCUUUAUCAAGAGUAAAGUUGCUACCUAAAGUAUGAGCAGAGUUUGCGCCUUCGGUUAUCGUCCGUAAGAAAAAGGGAAAAAUCCUGUUGUGGCGUCCCAGCCAGGCUAAAACCCACUCUGGAUUUCUUAAAGAAAGAGAUUCACUUAUCUGAAGCUGGAUCAGUUCAUGAUUCGCCUGAAAUUAUAGCCAUUUGCCAUUUUUUAAAAGUGCUUAAGCGAGAAGAUCCGAAUAAUGUUAGUCUAAGCACGCUUAUUAGUGAUGGCAAAUUGACACCCCUUCCAGGAAAUAAGGUCAAGGUUGUCACGAGGCAGCCAAUAGUCAAGACAAAACACAAUUUAAAAAUUGCGAGACCUGAUAAGGGGUUAUUCCCUAUUCAGGCUCAGUGAAGGAAAGAUCUAUGAUCCUCUGAGAGCUUGCGUCAGCAAAGACACUAUUCAGGGGCAUGGGAUAGUGGGAAAAGAGAGUUCUUCAGAACUGAUGACAAAAGAACUUCUAAUGAUCAUGCAAAUACCGUCGAUUUGCUCAGAGCGGAGUCGCUUUUUUCAACAGCUUGCGGGGGAAUAUAAAAAUUUUAAUAAUUAAGUUAUCUUAUCAAUCAAGACAAAAAUUUCAGCAGAGUCUCAUGGAAGAAAAGGCCCAGCUGCUAAAGAAGAAACGGUAGAAAGCAAAAUAAACACGAGAAACGCUCUUCUCAAAUUAGUGAAAUCGACAUCUCCAAGCCCUGAUCAUAUUUUGAAAACAAGAUUUGACGAAGAGCCCAAGAAGAACAUGUCUCCAUUUCCAUUUCUUAAAAAGAGGAAAUCAAUUGAGUCAAAGCCACUUACUCCUCGCAUCAAUUCGAUUCAAUUGCCGUCAUUCUAUCAAGGAUGGGAUUUAAAUAGGCCAAGCUUGAUUUACCCCGCUAGGGUAAAUUCCUCCGUCUUUUUACUGUUCUCAAAGGUAAACCACUGUAAAUUUUCAAUGAUGCAGAAAAAAGUGGUCGAAAAAAAAGUGGUAAAAGUGACAGCGGAAUUUGCCGUCAUGUAAAAAAAAUCCUUAAAAUCAGAGGAGCUUAACCCAAUGGUUAAAGAAGCGGAAAAAAACCAAAUUAAAGAAAUUUUUAAAUAUUGUAAGUAAUAUUUAAAUAUUAAAGAAGUAGUUAAUCUUUAUUUAUGCCAGUAAUAUCUAUUUUUUAAUAUGUAUUAUCACUUUAAAUAAUUUAAAAUUUCUUUAAUUUGUUUUUUUUACGCUUUUUACCAUUUGGGUUAAUUCCUCUUAUUUUAAGGAUUUUUUUGAUAUAGGGUAAAUUUGCUGGCUUGCUUUUAACCUUCCUUUUUUCUGCACCAUUAAAAAUUUACGGCAGGAUUUACCCUGAGAACAAAAAUGGUGGCAGAAUUAACACCAGUGGGGUAACUCAGCUAGACCCGUUUUUAAAUAAUAUAUAGUUUUUGGAAUAUAAAUUUAAAAUGCAUUUUGCAAAAAAUAGAGCAUUAUAUUAUCAAAUAUCAAGAAAUCGCAUUAUAAUUUGGGAAAAAGUGAUUGCAAGUAUAAUCUCUGCUAUAAAAAUAGUUUAUUGAAUCUGAGGAAGGACAGAGGAGCGGCUUUGCGCUCAACCAUUUAAAAGUCGCUCGAAUAAUGUGCAAAUUUUAGGAAAUUUUCAAUGGUAUCGUUCAAUCAAGGACAGGAUUUAGUGUCUUUGAUCCGCUAAGAUUCAAAUUGCAAGAAAAAGUUAAAAAGCCAGGAGACAAGAGCCCAAAGAGGUUGUCACUAAAUGAAGAUAUGUUAGGAAGCUUGCUUGGUGGGGCAUUGACACCUGAUCCUUCGGAUAAUUAA